AUGAUUAAUUUAUUUAUUUGUUUCCUAGUAAUCGCUGCACAUCUAUUCGGAAGAACUGAUUCACGUAUACCAAUUGAACCUGAUGGAAUAUUAACAGUUGAAUUACAAUAUAGAACACUUGCUGAUGCUCCAGCAAGAGUUAUUGCACGAUAUAUAGAUACAAUACCGAUUGUUAAAAAAACUCAAUGGCCUGAAUUAGUUGGUACAAAUGGUCAAGAUCCAGUUAAAAUUAUUAAACAAGAACGUUGGAUAUCCUAG